AUGGCCUCCGAAGUCCCCCCCAAGCGGCAGAAGUCCGCCAAGGACGUGCCCUAUCACCUAAUCUACUGGCCUGGCAUUCCCGGCCGCGGCGAGCAUGUGCGCCUCGCGCUGGAGGAGGCGGGGGCCGAAUACACCGACACCGCAUUCACCGACGGCGGGGUAGACGAGGUGCUCGCCUACGUGCAAGGCAAGAUCCCCGACGACGGCCUCAACCCUCCACCGUGUGCGCCGCCGAUCCUGAAACACGGGGAUCUUGUCAUCAGCCAGACGCCAAACAUCUUGCUUUACUUGGGGAAUCGCCUCGGUCUCGUGCCGGACGCCGACCAAGAUCCCGACGCCAUGUACAAGAUCAAUGCGCUGGCGCUGACGGCGCUGGAUGGGCUGAGCAACGAACCGCACGAUUGCCAUCACCCGAUCGCCUCUGGGCUCUACUACGAGGACCAGAAGGAGGAGGCCAAGAGGAGGUCCGAGGACUACGUCAAAAACCGGUUGCCCAAAUUUCUGUCGUACUUUGAGCGAGUGCUCGAGUCCAAGGCUAGCGGCGACGGCCCGUGGCUCUACGGCGGGGCGCUGACUUACGCAGACCUGGUACUCUUCCAGUGUGUGGACGGCGUCAAAUUCAUGUUCCCAAAGGCCAUGGCGAAGUUGGAGCGAGGGGGCAAGCAUGCGAAAGUCUUCCAGCUCUACCAGGCCGUCGCCGAGCGUCCCAAGAUCAAGGCCUACCUUCAAAGCGACCGCAGGCAGAAGUAUUCCAACGGUAUUUACAGGUAUUAUGAGGAGCUGGAUUUUGCAUAG